CACACUUGUGAUCAGAAUCAAGAUCCAAAAAAAAAAACUCUUCUUUCAAACAUGGACCGAUCCAUGUUUCUUUCUUUAGCACUAGCUUCACUCUUGGUCGGAGCCGUCUCAGCUCGUGACUGGAACAUCUUGAACCAGCUCAAAGGAUUUGGCUCAUCAUCAAGCCAAAACGGUGUCGUCACUUCAGGGCUCUCGACGAACCUGAAACGAUACUGCGAAAGCUGGAGGAUCAACGUGGAAGUUAACAACAUCAGAAACUUCGAUGUGGUGCCUCAAGAGUGUGUCUCGCAUGUGGAGAAGUACAUGACGUCAUCUCAGUAUGAGGAUGACGUGGAGAGAGCCGUUGAUGAGGUCAUCCUUCAUUUCGGGAGCAUGUGUUGUAGCAAGACUAAGUGUGAUGGCAUGGACGCUUGGAUCUUUGAUGUCGAUGACACGCUUCUCUCUACCAUUCCUUACCACAAGAACAAUGGCUUCUUUGGAGGGGAACAGUUGAAUUCAACGAAAUUCGAGGAUUGGAUAAGGAAAAGGAAAGCACCAUCAGUUCCACACAUGGUGAAACUGUACCACGAGAUCAGAGAAAGAGGCAUCAAGAUCUUCUUGAUCUCUUCCCGAAAAGAAUAUCUCCGAUCUGCCACCGUCGACAACCUCAUCCAAGCCGGUUACUAUGGCUGGUCCAACCUCAUCCUCAGGGGGCUAGAAGAUGAGCAAAAGGAAGUAAAACAGUACAAGUCAGAGAAGAGGACAUGGCUUAUAAAUCUUGGUUACAGAGUUUGGGGAGUGAUGGGAGACCAGUGGAGCAGCUUUGCAGGUUGUCCUCUUCCCAAGAGAACCUUCAAGCUCCCUAACUCCAUCUACUAUGUCGCCUGAUCAAAACAAAAACAAAACUUUGAUUAGGUUCUUUGAACAUGAAAAAGAGAAGAACCAACGAAUAAGAGAGAGCAGUUUUGAUUCUGAUUCUUGUCUUGGUUUUCACUUGUUAUCAUUUUAUAUCAAGAGACUUAUGGAUAACACUGGUUUAUUGAUCAGUACCAAACAAACAAAAACUUAUGUUACAAAUAGAAAUCAAAUCAUAAUCAACCAAUGAUUUACA